AUGGGAGAAGAUGCCGCAUUCCGACACGGGCUUGCGCGUACACUCGUACGGAUCGUCGCCCAGUCUCGUCGCCUUCCUUCGAACUUCUUUAUUCAUGGUGUCCAGCUCCAUUCUCGUGAUUCCGUCGCCUCGGGAGGAUUUGGCGACAUAUUCAAGGGCAGUUAUCUUGGCAAGGAGGUUGCUGUGAAGCGACUACGCGUUAGGCAGAAAGAAGGUCAAAUCAUUCGGCUUUAUCGGGAGAUUAUCAUAUGGUUAUCCCUAGAUCACCCUCACGUCCUUCCAUUUUACGGCGUAGAUGGCAUCUCCUUUAGUCCACUCGUGUGCAUGGUGUCACCUUGGAUGCACAACGGGAGCCUCCUGCAAUAUAUACAGAAGGUUGAUAGAUCUAAUCUGGACGUAGACAAGCUUUUGUAUCAAUCUGCUCAAGGGAUGGACUAUCUUCAUUCACGUUCCAUCGUACAUGGAGAUAUUCGUUGCUCUAAUAUCUUCAUUGAUCGGGGCGGAUAUGCCAAGCUCGCCGAUUUCGGGCUCUCAAUCAUA